GGCGCCUUAAAUAUUGCUGUGGCUCUUUGCAUAUACGGCCUGCUUUUUUUUUUUUUAAUCAAAACGCCUCAUUAGAGUUUCGCUCUGCCUUUCGUUAUCAUUCGUAUAACAAUAUCUCAUAUUGGGCUUAUAAAUAUGGUGGCGCCACAGUCAUCUACCAGCAGCACCAGCAGCGCAAAGACGACCAGCAGCGCGCGCAACACCGGCAAAAGCAAAUCCACAGACAAGCCAGUGCCGCGUAUCUUUGCUGUCGCGCUACAUGACGUCGACAGCAACAAGUUCCAGGACUCACGCAACGCAGGGAUCAGCUGGUACGUGCUACUGUCAGCCCUGCUUGCGUCACUAUCGGCCGUCAAUGUUGGGUGGACAUGCGGGGUGCUGAACAUUGGCAAGUCGACACCUCGGGGGCAGGACUUUCCCGAGCGCAUCCAGUUCACCAGCAACACAUGGAUGCUAGCAGUGGGGAUCAUGGCGCUGGGUGGAUUCCUUGGCGCGCUUCUGUCGGGCGGGAUAUCGGACAACAUGGGGCGGCGCAACACGCUGGUGAUCAACAACUGUCUGUUUUUGGCGGGCUCGGUGCUUCUGGGCACAGCAACAACCUCAGUGCACUUUAUCCUGGGGCGGUUCGUAUCGGGCGUCGGCUGCGGCAUCGCCUCGAGCGUCGUGUGCAUGUACAUUGGCGAGAUUGCGCCGAUCAAGCGGCGCGGGUUCUUUGGGUCGUUCUUCCAGCUGGCGGUCGUCCUGGGCAUCAUGGGCGCGCAGAUUGCGUCGAUGUUCCUGACGGGCCACCCCGAGUGGCGGAUCCUGGUGGCGAUCCCGGGCGCCAUUUCAUUGAUCCAGAUCGUGCUGCUGCCGUUCCGCGUCGAGUCACCGGUGUAUCUGAUCAAGACCCACCAGGUGAACGAGGCUCGGCAUGCGCUGCUCAAGCUGCGUCGCGGCUACGACGUGUCGGCCGAGUGGCAGGACUGCAUUGACGCAUUGGAUGAGGCGCGCGAGACGAUCCCGACGACGGUCCGCCAGGAGGGCAAGGCCGGGCAGGGGGCCAGCGAGAGCGACGCGACGAUCAAGGCGGCUGGUGGCGGGGAAAAGCCCAAGCCCCGGGCGGGGCUGUGGCGGACGAUGCGUGGGCUGACCAAGGACGAUCUGCGGCAUCUGUUUGUGGUGUGUGUGGGCCUGAUGGGAUUGCAGCAGCUGUCAGGCAUCAACGGAAUCAUAUUCUACUCAAACUCGAUAUUCCUGGGCCUGUUCGACAAUGCGCAGCCGAUGGUGGCCAAGUGGGCGUGUGUUGGCGUGACUGCGUCAGCGGUGCCGGCGGUGCUGCUGUGUAUGGUGUGGCUGGACAAGCUCGGGCGCCGGUCGAUGCUUCUGGUCAGCUUCACCGGCAUGGUGGUGGCCAGCGUGCUGAUCUUCAUUGGCAUGUUCUUUGGCAAGGGCCUGAUUGUGGUGGUGAUGCUGUAUAUCUACUACUUCCUGUUCAAUCUGGGCGUAGGCACGAUUCCGUGGCUGUAUCUGCCGGAGCUGGUGCCCGGGUAUGCCUUGGGCGGCGUCAUGGCGGUUGCAUGUGCAGUCAACUGGCUGUUCUCGUUUGCCAGUGGGUUUGUGUUCCCGAUGAUCCAGUGGUACCUGGCACAGUACCAGUUCCUGCUGUUUGCCGGAUUCUCCUUGCUCGGUGUGGUGUUCGUCAUGCUGUAUGCGCCCGAAUCCGGCAGCAAGUCGGUCAUGGAAGUGGUGGUCAAGCACCGAGGCCCAAUGCACAUUGUGGCCAAGAGGCGUGACUCUGGCGGACGCAUGUUCUAAAAAAACCACGCUGUGCCUGCGACUUGCUGAUAGACAUACCUGGUUUUAAACUUUCCCUUCUGUUAUUCAUCCUUCUGUUCUUGCAUAUUUCCAAAAUACACUUAUUAGACAG